CUUUGCAGCAGCAACGAAGCGCGGGGAAGGCUAGUGGGAUCGGGUGGCAAUGGCGGUUCCCCUACUGAGCAAGAAGAUCAUCAAAAAGAGAGUCAAGAAGUUCAAGAGGCCGCAGAGCGACCGCAAGAUUUCCGUCAAGAAAAGAACAAUAGAUCGAGACAAGGGUUUGACUGCGUCGAUGGAAAUAGCUUUUGGAAACGUGGUUUCUUGUUUUUCAACUUGCCAUCUUCAAACCCACACGGAAUGCAUUUCCUCGGGAUCAAUAGAUUUAGACAGUUUAGGAAGAACCAUUGUCGCUGUGCCCUGGACCUCCUGGUAUAUUUGAUGGUUAUGCAUUUCCAUUGUGGUCAUUGAGGAGUUAUUGGAUGCAGUGCCCUGAGAUGCAUGAAAGUCAUCCUAAGUAUGUGAUACUAACAUGGCUACGUACUGUCACUGUAAAGUCACUGCCCAUAAGAAGCCAAAUUGGCGAAGGCCCAAGGGUAUUGAUUCACGUGUGAGAAGGAAAUUUAAAGGAUGCACUCUCAUGCCAAAUAUUGGUUAUGGUUCUAAUAAGAAGACGAGACAUUAUCUUCCUAAUGGUUUCAAGAAGUUUGUUGUGCACAAUCCCGGUGACCUGGAUCUUCUGAUGAUGCAUAACAGGGUUUUCUGUGCGGAGAUUGCACACAAUGUCUCUACAUUGAAGCGCAAAGCCAUUGUGGAGAGAGCUGCUCAACUUGAUGUUGUUGUUACAAACAAACUUGCUAGGCUGCGCAGCCAAGAGGACGAGUGAUCAUUUUUCUAAUUUCCUAUUUGUACAAAGUUGGAUCUGGCCUGUAUGGGAGUUGAACUCAUGAAUUUUUGUUUAAUGAUUUCUUUUAAUUUUGGGUCACGUAUCUUUGUUGACUUGAUCAGCAAAUGUGAUCCGAGGUAGGAUGAUGCUUUGAUUAAUGGGCAACAUCUUCAAUUUGUUAAAUGUGGUGGUAGUUAUUUAUUCUCA